UGAGAAAGAAAGUCGAAAAUGCAAGAUAUUUUUCAAUAAUAAAGCCUCUUUCAUAUUUUUGUCCCUAUUGACCAGCUAGCAUAUGAAGAAUUUCCUAGUUCUUGUAGAGCAAAUAUAAUAACCAAGAAACAAAACCCUGUCCCCCUCAAAAUCACCAUAGCCAUGGCUGCAAUUCAAGAAACAGUUGAAGAGAUCAUGAGCCUCUACCGAUCACUGCCAAAAAGACCGUCCAUAGAAGAAGUCGAGGCUGCCAUGUCCGUAAUCGAGAGUGUCAACACUGAAGAACAGCAGAAUCUUGACGAAUUCUCAAACCAAGAAUGUCCUCAAAACGUUCCUAAUGAGCUUUUUUCUGUACUAAAACUGGCCAGAAGAACUAUGGUUUUGUUUCGAAGCCAUGAACAGAAAAAAGAGGCUCUUCAUGUUCUUGAAGUUGACAAGUUGUUUGAAACGUUUGAUGGGUUUAUACAAAAAGCUUCAGUUUUAGUUUCUGGAGAUAACCAGAUGGAAAAAAUGGAGGUUUACAGUUUUAGUGAUCCUGUUGAGAAAUUUGUGGAAGAAAAUAUUGUUAAAGAGGAGAAUUUGAUCAAGGGUUCUUCCAGUAAUAAACCAGCUUUCUUUUCAGGUGAAGAUGAACCUGAGAAAUUGAGCCUAAUGAAAGUGGCAUCUAUAAUAGAAAACUCUGCAAAAUCUGAAGAUGUAGUUCUUGACCUCAAAGGUAAGUUGAUGGAUAAAAUUGAGUGGCUUCCUCUAUCAAUUGGGAAGUUGUCAUUUGUUACUGAACUCAACUUAUCGGAAAAUCGAAUCAUGGCGCUUCCGACUACUAUUUGUAGCCUCGUAGCCUUAGUUAAGAUUGAUAUCCACUCGAACCAACUAAUAAACCUUCCCGAUUCAUUCGGGGAGUUAAUCAAUCUUACCGAUCUUGAUCUCCACGCGAAUAGGUUAAAAUCGCUGCCUUCUUCAUUCGGGAACUUGAAAAACCUGGCAAAUUUCGAUUUAAGCUCGAAUCAGUUCACUCAUUUGCCAGAAUCUAUCGGGGAUUUGACUAGCUUGACGAUAUUGAAUGUGGAAACGAAUGAACUUGAGGAGCUUCCGUAUACUAUCGGAAACUGCUCAUCGCUCAUGGAGCUGAGGUUAGAUUUUAAUCAGCUUAGAGCUCUCCCCGAGGCUAUCGGAAAACUCGGAAGCUUGGAGAUUCUCAGUUUGCACUAUAACCGAAUUAGAGGAUUGCCAACAACUAUUGGUAACCUUUUAUGUUUGACGGAAUUCGAUGUUAGCUUCAAUGAGCUUCAAUCCGUACCCGAAAACCUGUGCUCUGCAGUAAGUCUGAGGAAAUUGAAUGUGAGUAAGAACUUUGCGGACCUGACCGAGCUGCCGCGAUCCAUUGGAAAGCUUGAGAUGCUUGAAGAGUUGGAUAUAAGUGAUGACCAAAUAAGAACUUUACCAGAUUCUUUCGGUUUGUUAUCGAAAUUGAGAGUAUUUCGUGCUGAUGAAACUCCUCUAGAAGUUCCACCAAGACAUGUUGCUAAAAGGGGUUCUCAGGCUGUUGUUAAGUUCAUGGCAGAUGUUGUUGCCAAGAGAGAUGUCAAAUUACAAUCAUUGAAGAAGAAGAAAGGAUUCUGGUACAAAAUCUGCUCUAUUCUCUGGCCAUUCAGGAGGAAUCAUCGAUAGUUUAUUAGUACAUUUUUUUUACUAAUCAGUGCAUGUGUAGUUGGUUUUCAGUGUAUCCAAACUAUUGUGUUAUUGUAUUUUAGUGAUCAAAUUUUGAUUUA